AUAAAACGAUCUUUCUUCAGAAUCUGAAAAGACAAACAAAAAAAAAAAAACAAAAAAAUUGUUACCUCUUCAACUUCCUCUCUCUUUCCAUAUGAAACGACCAAGAGCCAAAUCUAGUUCGUUUACAUAAAUCCUGUUCAGGUCUGCGAUUGAUUUACUUGAGGAAGCAGCUGCUCAUCAUAGACUGCCUUUUUAAGCGACAUUUAUGGAGAAGUCUGUCAGUGCAUUGUUAGAGGAUCAAGUGAGGGAAGAGACGAAUCUCCAUGCUAGGAUUAUAGAGCUAGAAAAGAACCUCGACAAUGCCAAACAAAGGUUGGGCAUGGGAGAGGAUCAAAUGGAAAGGUUUUUAAAAACUACAUUGAGGUUUGCAGAGGAUAAAGGGAAAGAAAAAGUGAAAUUUCAAUCAAGAGUUUCUAAGCUAAAAAAGAAACUUGAAGCUUUAAGACAAGUAUCUGGCAGUGCAGAGGAGGUUGAUAUGGAGAUCAAGGAAAAGAUGCAAGCAACUGAAGUAGCUAUGGCUGAAAUGGAAUCUCUUAAUCAGAAUCUUAUUGCCAAGGAGCGUAAAAGUAAUGAUGAAUUGCAGGAGGUUUGUAAGAAAUUGAUGGAUAAAGAAGACGACUUGGAGCAGAUGGAAGCAAUAAUCCAUAGUCUUAUUGUUAAGGAGCGAGCUAGUAAUGAUGAACUGCAAGUGGUUCGAGCGGAGUUGAUCAAUGGUUUGGAAAAAUUUGGAAGUUCUGAUUUUAUUGGAAUCAAGAGAAUGGGAGAUCUUGAACUUGAACCAUUCUACAGAGCAGCCAAGAGAAAAUAUUAUGACCCGGAAGCAGAAGAGAAAGCCGCAGAGCUGUGCUCAAUUUGGGAGGAUUGCCUCAAGGAUUCAAGCUGGCAUCCUUUUAAGAUUGUCAUGGAUAAAGAAGGAAAUUAUGUGAAUAUAAUUAAUGAAGACGACGAGAAAUUGAAAGGUCUAAAAGAUGAGUAUGGUGAUGAACUUUAUGAGGCAGUGACCACAGCCUUGACAGAAAAGAAUGAGUACAACCAAAGUGGUGGGUAUGUAAUAUCAGAGCUAUGGAAUUACGAAGAAGGGAGGAAGGCCUCACUGAAGGAGGUAGUAUCAUACAUACUGAAGCAUUGGAAAAAGCCCAAACAAAAGAGGAACUGAAGGUCUGUCAGGCAACUGAGGAAGAAGGGGAACUGAGGAAGUCAAGAGCUUUUCUGCAGAUGUAUUGUCAUGCUAGUCUUGUGCUCUAUCUUUUGCCAAGCAAUUGUUUGUUGGGUUUAAUUAAAACUAGUCUUUUGUUCUUUGUUUAUUGUUAUUGUUUCAGCUGGUAAUUUGGGGAAAGGUUGUUGUCAAAGAUAUUUGGCUUGUAAUUUGGCUGCGAUUCGAAGCUUUGUUAUUUGCUAAUUUUCUUGCAAUGCAUCUUCUCUAUUGAUGGAUGGUA